CACGCUGGCUGAGGCGAUUUUCCUGUGGGUAACUCUAGAUUUCUGCUAUGUUGCUUUGUUCCAAUGGCUUACACCUCACAGUAACGCCGUCAUGGCGUUCCAACAACAACAAUGGCGCUCCUAACUCCCGAGAGGCGCCCUUUUCGGUAUUUCGAGAUGUACCCGCGCUCCGGCAAUACCGAAAGCAGCUGCUUCUGUCCAAGAGAACCGUUGGGUUAGUCCCUACUAUGGGCGCACUGCACGAUGGCCAUCUGUCUCUAAUCCGCCAAGCCGCUAUCGAGAACACGGACGUGUUUGUUAGUAUCUUCGUUAAUCCAACCCAAUUCGGAGUGAACGAGGACCUGGACAAAUAUCCAAGGACGUGGGAGGCAGACAUCCAGAAAUUAAAAGAACUAGACGAGGAGCUAGCAAGUGCAGCGUCUGGCGACGGGUGCCUCGCAAGGACUGGUUCGGUGCGAGGACGAAUCUCUGCAAUUUUUGCCCCGACGAGCAAUGUCAUGUAUCCGACGCUCCCACCAACCUCUGAGCUAGAUGGAUACGGCUCGUUCGUUACAAUCACGCCCUUAGCAACACUACUGGAGGGAGCUUCGCGGCCUGUAUUUUUCCGAGGAGUUGCCACCGUGUGCAUGAAACUGUUCAACAUCAUGACACCCGACCGAGUCUAUUUUGGCCAAAAGGAUGUGCAACAGACGGUCAUCAUCAAGCGGAUGGUAAAGGACCUACAUGUCGGGACUGAUGUGAAAUUAGGGCCUACAGUACGAGAAGCGGAUGGUUUGGCCAUGAGCUCGCGGAAUGUGAUGCUUGGUGCGAGACGACGCAAGGUCGGACUUGUAUUGUAUAAAGCGCUCAAGGAGGCGGAGAGGGCAUACUUGUCAGGUAAGCGGGCCCGAGAGGAGAUCCUGGGACCUGCGAACCGACUCGUGGAGUCCAUUGCUCGUGAACAACAAGCGCUGCCACCUCUGGAGCGGGCAAUAUUCGAGCUCGACUACAUUUCGCUCGCGGAUGUGGAUUCACUCGAAGAAUUGCAAGUUGUAGAUGGCUCGAAAGGUGCCGUCUUAAGCGGCGCUGUAAAAAUGCUACCCUUGGAAAGCCCGCAGCCUGGCGAGGAUUGCGGGGAGAAUGGGGGUGAUAACCCUGUGAGAUUGAUUGACAAUAUCAUUCUCUGA